AUGCGGUGUGUCCUGGCAUUUCAGGUUCUGCUGUGCUGUUGGGGUUUCACACAGCCUUUCUGCCCUUCACAGUGCACCUGUGUGUUCCACGGGACCAGGACAGUGUUGUGUAACGACCCCGACACAGCCGAGAUCCCCGUCAACAUCCCCUUGGACACAGUGAAGCUGCGUGUGGAGAAAACAGCAGUGCGUCGAGUAAAAAAUGAGGCGUUUUACUACCUCACCGAGCUCAGGUAUCUGUGGCUCACCUACAACUCCAUCAGCUCUGUGGAUCCUUCCAGUUUCUACAACCUGAAGGUCCUGCAUGAACUCCGUCUGGAUGGAAAUGAAAUCUCCACGUUCCCUUGGGAGGUGCUCAGAGAGAUGCCUGCUCUCAGGACGUUGGAUCUGCACAAUAAUCGAUUAACAAGUGUUUCUGUAGAAGCUGCAGGUUACCUGGUGAACAUCACAUACCUGGACAUCUCCAGCAAUAAGUUAAACACUUUGCCCUCAGAUCUUCUGGACAUCUGGAGUCCUUUUUCUGGAAUGAUUCCCACCAGCAGGUCGUCUCAGAAGAUCAUACUGGGAAUCCAGGACAACAUGUGGUAUUGUGAUUGCCGCUUAUCCAAACUUAUCGAGAUGUCCAAGAUGGCAGAGGGUCCUGUGGUGUUGAUGGACCCAUUGGUGACCUGCAGUGGCCCAGAGAACCUGGCUGGGAUUCUGUUUAAACGAGCGGAACUGGAUCAGUGCGUUAAACCAACGGUGAUUACUUCAGCCACAAAGAUCACAUCUUCCCUCGGCAGUAACGUGCUCCUGCGCUGUGAUGCUACGGGUUACCCAACACCAAGCCUGCUGUGGAGCAGAGAGGACGGAUCAGCGCUCAGUAACCCAGUUGUGCAGGAGUCUCCAGGCGAAGGUGUUCGGUGGUCCAUCCUUAGUCUGCAUGGAAUUGUGUUAAAGGACACUGGUGUUUAUCGCUGCAAGGCAAAAAAUGUUGCUGGAAGUGCAGAAGCUACCAUUACGCUAUCUUUGGCUGGAAUGGACUUCACAACUCCAUCUCCUCCCUUUCAUAGGACUUUUCCUGCUGUUACAGAGGCUCUGAUUUCCUUUUCUACCACCACCACCACCACCACAUCCAAGCCAUCUUGGACUACACUGCAAUCUAUAGCUAGCAAGUUGCACAUAGGCCCAGGUGGAGGCAUCCAGAGAUCUCCACCUGCUGGCAAUACAUCCAAGAUGGAUCAGAGCAAAGAUGACACCAAGAAUAAAGCUAGGAAGAAAGAUAGCUUGUACAUUCGAGAUGUUGAGGUGGUUGAGGAAACAGGAGACAGUGCUGUUGUGGUAUGGAUGAGUGAGGGGUGUCCCAGUGAAUUGCCCCUGUCAGUGGUGUACUUUCCAUAUGAUGCAGAGCAGAUAAAGGAAACCAUGGACACUGAGGUUGGAAGUGGUAAGGUUCUUCUCAAGAACCUGUUUCCCAACCAGAUGUACACAGUCUGCUUGGUUCCCAAAAUUGGGAAAGAGCAUUGUGUGAAUUUUCGCACUCUGGACACGGUCAUGGAUGUUGGACAAAACAGGUGGCUGUUGAUCAUCAGUGGAAUUGCUUGUGUUGUUGUGCUUCCUCUCAUUGUGCUCCUUCUCUACAAGAUCUCACUGCUGUACUGUAAUAUUAGCAGGAACACUGAAAUGGAUGAUGACCUUUCCAAAGAGACCUACGUGAAAUUUGAGACUCUUGCGAUGCAGCAGAGGACGCUGAAUGGACAGGCGAGCGAUCUCUGGACUCGACGGCUGACGCAGGAAUCAGAGAGGAUGCUCCUUUGCUCACGUUCAAGUAUAGACUCACAAAUGACCUACAAAAGUGAUAAGUCACGAUCCGAGUACCUUUGCUAGCUCUGUGUGAAUGAA